AUGAGCAGCCUCCCCAUUCUGUACUUUCUCUUGCUCCUGCUCAGACUCCAAGUCCCUCAGGCACAGGGCUUCCCGACACUCCGGCCUGACCAGUACUCUGUGAUAGUCACUGAGAUUCUGAAAGCCCUCAACGAGUCACCUUUGGCUUCACAAGUGAGUAGCUGGGGUAAGUAUGGGCAGGGAGAGUGCUGUCAGCCAAGGGGAUUCACUCAACGGGCUGAAUUCCAGCCUAUCCUGCCCACCCCCACGACUGAGGGAGACCAAAUCCGUAUCGAGGAGAGUAACAAGGGUGAUUUCCAGCGUAAAUUGAAGCAGUAUCUGGUAACCCUUAAUAGCUUCCUGCGUGACAGGAACAGGCAUUGAGCUGUACUUUCCUCAGUCCAUUGUCUGGCUCCCUCUCUGGGCCUUCUCACCUCAGGCCCUUGGGAUGUGAGAAAGAGCAGAACAUCUGAAGAGUACGGGGUAUCUCUCACACAGUCCAGGACUGGA